CAGGCCCUCAAUAGGUUCAAUUUUGUUAUUUAUCAUAUUAGUUAUGUUAACAACACAAUAAAAUAUUUGCAAUAUUGUUUGUUUUUUAUGUUUUAUAAAUUCUUCUGACGUCAUCAGCAAGAAAUAUAACAGUGAGGGAGUAAAACGGAUCAUUUACAAAAAUGCCUUACAACCAAGCAAACAUGGAUGAAAGAGACAAUUAUUUUGCUCCAAAUUACCAGAAUUAUCAGGUACCUGUGACUCCCCCGGGAUUAGAAGCCAUAUAUUCAGCAUGUAGGAAGUUAUAUCCGGACCAGCCAAAUCCUCUCCAAGUCACAGCACUCGUAAAAUACUGGCUUGGAGGUCCGGACCCACUUGACUACAUCAGCAUGUACGCGAAUCCCGGCGACCCAGACAAGGGGGUUCCCCCGCAUUGGCACUACAUCAGCUUCGGUCUCUCCGACCUGCAUGGUGACGGACGUGUGCAUGAAUGUCAGGGUACAGAUGGACCAAGUGGGUUCGGUUUUGAGCUGACGUUUCGUCUGAAGCGAGAACCAGGGGAGACAAAUCCUCCUACAUGGCCCGCAACUCUCAUGCAGGCAUUGGCUAGAUACGUCUUUCAAACAGAGAACAAGGUGUACAGUGGCGACCAUGUGCCAUGGCAUAUUCCCCUGGAUGGUAGCGAGUCUCGUGUCCAGCACAUGUUAAUGGCAGACGACCCGUCCCUCCACCCCAUCACGACUCCGUUCGGCCCCGUGUGCUUUGUACAAAUUGUGGGUGUGUGUACGGAAGAGUUGCAGGCCGCGCAGCAUUGGAACGGCCCUGGGGUGAUCGAACUCCUCCGCUCAAUCUCACAAGCGGGAGGUCCAUGGUUAAUAACAGACAUGCGACGAGGAGAAUCGAUAUUCGAAAUUGGCCCCACUCUCCAGGAGAAAGUGGAUAGCGGAAUUGAGCAGGAAGGAUCGAACCUAAGUGGCGUAAACAGCAAGUGCUCAUGGGAAGAGCCAGGAGAGAACGAUCGAGACAGCCUCUCAUUUAAGGAUGGGAUCGUUGACGAUGAUGAGGACGAUGCUGAGAGGGGACAUAUAUCUAUCAUUGAAUCUGACCAGAUCAAAUCAACAUUAUCUCGUGGGUUGGAUCCACACUUACAAUCAAAAAUAGACGGUUUCAAUCGGCCAAGAUCACGGAAAGGGUCAUUUGACAGUGUGGAGAGUUCUGACGCCCCAACGGAGUUGUUGCGGACACGAACACUGGAAUUUGUACAUCUUAAAUUUAACUUGGAAGCAGCCUCCCUUUUACCUUUAGCAUUGAGAGGAAGGUUACGGCACGGCCGACAUUUCACAUUUAUGAGUGCGACAAACGACUCUGCCAUCACCCUUGUUUCACCGAGCGUGAAUGGUUCGAUAGCGGAUGAGGAGCAUCCAUUUGCGGCCCACGGUUUGUGGCUCCAGGUUCUCCUUGCGGACGAUUUCAUUGAGGAAAUGUGCAUAGACCUACAGGAACUUUCAAAUCCAGCUGAUCUUUUGUUGCCAAAAACAUACCGCUGGCCAGAGAGGCGAUUGUGUAUCACAAUUCUCCCGGAUGAGGCGUAGCAUGUGUGUUGUACAAUGCUUCAUUGGUACGCCAGCACCCUGUCAGAUGACAUCACAAGAUUAACCAGGAGAGGACUGCCUUUAAAUACCUCCUAGACUUUUUUUCCUAAUAACUGACUACGUAGACUACUUUUUGUUGCUUCUCGUUUUAUCCUAAAUGGCUACUUUUACACCAUGUUGAAUAAAACCGAGUGCAUAACCACAACACUGUUUGAUGGAAUCAACAGAAAGUGAGAAAAAAAAAGAGAAAAAAUCACCACUGAAAACAAAUGGAAUUUUAUUAUUUAUGGAGUUUUAAGGCAGACCAACGGUGUAACUCUGACAUUCGGGAUGUUGCAAUGAUCUAGUCAACUUGUAUAAAUAAUCAGUGACUGCUGGACAUUUGAUGGAUUUGAAAGUGGAAACGCAUGGUUUCAGUGUAUAUGUAUGGCCUAGCUGUUAAAGGACCUGUGCUGUUAACAUUGUUGGACUUUGUGUAAUGUUAGCACCGACAAAAAGACUUUCAUUAGACUUUGUGCUAUUGGUGUUUUGUUCAGUGAGUUUAAUAAACAUUUUAUGUUAAUAUAGAGCAAGAACAAGAUUUUUUACAACUUUGUAUGACAAAAGGCAUUCUUGUAUUGUAUUCAUAAUUUCAUAUCAAUACCAUUUGUAAAUAGAAUCAUAUUUUGUUUGUGGGAAGCACCACAUUUUUAACUAAUAUAUAUAAGUGGUCUGGUUCAUGGACUCUUAUUUCCGUGAACAUGCCUUUGAAAAUGAGAUUAUUUCAGGAAUUGUUAAAACUUUUCGAACUGUGUAGAAAUAUCCAUUAAACCCUGUAUUUUAAAGUAGUAAUCACUCAGAUUUGUAUAUGCCCACCUUUGGGUGUAUUAUAAUUUGUAGCUCCUAUGCAGUAUUGUGUUUGGAAUGGGGGCUGGUAGAUUUAUUAUAGAGACAAAAGUUAAAGGUGUAUUUGUAUUUUGUUGUUCAGUUUCAAUUCAGACUGUUGGGUUUUCUCUGUCUUUACAUUUUGAGGAAGUAUGGUAUAUAAAAUCUUUAUAUAAAAUAACAUCUGAUUGGACAUACUCACCGUGAACUCUUUUAUCCAUUGAAAAAAAAAAACAUUAAAACUUGAAAUUAACAAAAUGAAUGUGCAUUUUGGUUUAAUAACUAUUUUUGGGGCGGUUUUUUUAUUCUCAUGAUAAAUAACUUGACAAUGUAGUAUUAAAUUAUAAUAUUAUUAACAGGAAACUCAAUAUACAAGUAUUAAUUGUUUAACAUUUUUUCUGACUGUCAUACCUUUUAGAUACAAAAUGUACUUCAAGCACAGUUACAUGCACAGAUAAAAAAUUCAGAAAUAAUACCAUACUAUCGAAAGUCAUCAUAUUUUAAUAAGGUGAAAAAACCUAAUUGGCUUAAAGCUGCACUCUCACAGAUAAACCGUUUUUACAACUUUUUUAUUUUUUUACUUGGAAAGAGCAAAUUUUUGCGUAAAUAUCUGCAAACCAAUGAUAAAAGAUUGCUGCCAAAAGAUCAAAGUGCAGGUUUCCAUAUUUCUUUUCGAAAAUUAAUGUUUUAUGGUUUAAACUGUUAUUAACGGUUAAGAAAAAUGAAUAAAACAUCAAUUUUUGAACUUAAAUAUAUAAAAAGACGCGAUCUUAUUUUUGUCAGCAGUCUUAUAUAACUGGUGUCCAUGCAUUUUCGCAAAAAAAUGGCUCGUUCCAAGACAAAAUAUAAAAAAAGUUGUCAAAACAUUUAAUCUGUGAGGGUGCAGCUUUAAAGGACGUAUUUAAUUUUUCCUAUUUGUUUAAAUUUUCUACUGAUGACAUGGGCAUUUCGUUAGCAUGCCCGAUCUAGGAAUAUUUGUAACAUAUAUAGAAAUGUACAUACAUAAUAUAAAGUUCUUGUACACAUCUCAAACCAUUUGUAAAAAUGCUGACACUGUAAAGUGCUAUACAUACUUCAAACAGUUUUAAAUUCCUUAAGAAAAAGGAAUGUUUGUUGACUUAAUGAUUUUAUUUUUUUUUGUGUGCUUUAACAGAAAUUUACUACCUAUAUAUCUAAGAUGUAUAUUUUUAGGUAUUAUUUAACUUAUCCUUAUUUAACAUUCAGACAAUGUUCUAUUUCUGAACUUCUGUGUCUAAUUCUUCUUGUUUUGUUUUUGAAGCAAAAUUCUCGGCCACUCUCUGUAGAAUUGUAAGUGAACACUUGCCGUAUUUUUUUCUUGGCAGAUUUUCUUCUUUUUUUCAAUUUGAAAAAAAAGCUUAAAGUUUGAAAACUAUUAAAUUCCAACAGAUUUGUGGCCCAAGUUUUCCUUGACUUAGUCUUUUCUGAGACUUAAAUUCUAACCAUAUCUACAACGAUAUUUUUUCGCUGUGCUUUCAAAAGCACAUUUCGAUGUUUAGGGAAUGGAGAAGACACAUUGGACUUCUAAAGCGAUAAUUGAAAAAAUAAUUCAUAAAUCAAUUAUUUCAUUUGUGAAAAGUUUCAGUUUGGUGUAAUACUACGUUUUUAGUAUUGUGGUGUUUAUAUAACAGUAUGGCCUCUUCUCACAUAAAAUUGUUUUUUUGACAAUCCUGUAAAAUUUAGUAUUUUCCUUGAAGAGGCGCACGUGAUAUCUUGUUUAAAAAAAAAGAAAUGUUCUAUGAAGCUGUUGUUCUUAUGUCUUCUCCAGUAUUCUGAGGAAUACUCUGUAUGUAUUCUUGUAAUUUGUUAAUCAAAACAUCACAGGAUUAUUAUUUCACUGGAAAACCGGCAGUGGAUCCUGUAGGAAAAUGUUAAUAAGAAGUUGUCAGAGUGAUAUUCUGAUUUACAAUAAUAUUCUAAAAAAAGGGUUAUCCUUUCUCAAUUUAAAUUUCUUCGAAACUUUGUUGUUAUUUUUAAGCCUUUAUGAUCUUUACUAGCCGGCAACAUAAUGAGCUAGGGUUGGACUUGUACUAUUAAAAGGUGCGUCCAAUAGAUUAUGUUUUUGAAUAGGUUUGCUUUCUUAAAGCUUACGAUCAUACAUGUAUUUUAAUUUUGGAAAUGUUCAUUUUUGUUCCAUGCAUGUACUGUUAUAUAUCUGAAAUUAUAUAUUAAUACUGGACAUCAUUGACUACACUUUUUAUGGCAAAAUAUUUGAUAGAGUACCUUUGAUAUCUUAUAAUCUCAAUACAAGUUUAAAAAGCAGUAACAAAAAGUCAAUAUCACUUGUUGUUUUUUCAGAUAUGUUUGAAGAUAUUUUUGUCUAUGAUUUCGUUUAGCAUGUAUUUGUGCUUUUUGCUGGGAAGUUUUUGUCCCAGCAACCAGCUGUGUACUUGUGUUGUUAAUGUGUUUCCUCUGGUUAUAUGACCACCUCUGAAAGGGUUGGUUUUCACUUCAUACUUGAAAUAAAAUACAAAAACUUA